AUGCAGAGAAUUCAAGAUUACAUCCAAGCUUUAGAAGAAGAACGUAGCAAGAUUCAAGUUUUUCACCGUGAACUCCCAUUUGUCUUGAGCUUGUCACUCAAGCAAUUGAGACACGAAAGCAACAGUGAAAGGUCAGUUCUGGAAGAGUUUACUCCUAUAAAGAGAACCUUAGCCACUUCUGUUGAUGACGAACAAGAAUCGAAGAGGUCAAAGAAUAAUACUAAUGUUAGUAAUAAUGAUAAAGUUUCAAAGAAAUCGGACUGGCUUAGGUCCGUCAAGUUUUGGAAUCCAACCCCAGAUCCACCCUCCAAAGAGGAUUCACCAAGAAAAGUGUCAGUGUUGGAGAUAAAUAGAAUUAGAAGUGGCGGUGCAUUUCUUCCAUUUCAGAAAGAGAAAAGUAGUGUAACAACUUCACAAGGGCCAAUCAGAAUGUCAGUGCCAGUGGCUGCCGCCAGUUCUGUGGAGGAGAUAGGUGGCGAUGGUGGUGGUGGUGAAAAUAACGAGGAUGAGAAGGAAGGACAAUUUCAAAGAAAACCUAGGAGGAGUUGGUCACCAGAGCUACAUAGAAAAUUCUUGCAAGCCCUUCAAAGACUUGGUGGUUCACAGGUUGCUACACCAAAACAAAUUAGGGAUUUGAUGAAGGUUGAUGGUCUAACUAAUGAUGAAGUAAAAAGUCAUUUGCAGAAAUAUAGACUACAUAGGAGACGACCAGGUCAUUUGAUUCUCAAUAACAACAGAUAA